AUGUCCUACUACAACGACGCGUCGUGGAACACACCCGCUCCCGGCCGCCAGCAGUCAUGGGAGCAGCCCCAACCGCCCUCACGCUCAGGUACCGGCCACAUGGGAUUCAACGGCGCAGGUGCAGCGAUUCACAUGGAUGUAGGCACAAGCUCCACGGUCAACAGCGAGGUCGCCAAUGCCUUUGCCUCGCAGUUUGAGGAGGUCGACCGCGCCAUUGAGAACCUCAGCAAGAGCGGCAAGCCCCUCGGCCCCGGCUUCCCCCCCACUCCCAUGGGCGCCAACCGCCGCGAGUCCAUGCCCAUGAUGGGAGGCGCUCCCCGCCCAUACCCCGACUUCGAGCAGCAGCGCAUGGGCGGCCCCCAGCGCCACCACUCGGUCAGCGAGUACGACGGCUCCCGCUCCCACUCGGCGACCAAUGUCCAGGGCUUCUACCAGAACCAGCGCGGCUAUGCGCCCCGACCCAACGACGCAGACCAGAUGGCACAGGCGAAGCGACGGAUGGCGGCUCAGCGUGAGCGUGAGCUGCGCAACUAUCAUCAGGAGCAGCAAUACCACAGAAGCUCAGGCUCCAAGUCGGACCGCUCCAUGAGCCCCAAUGCCAUGAAUGAAGAUGAGCGCCGCGAACUCAUCGCCCGCCAGCACCGUGCUUUGUAUGGCGAGACCUCCACCCUGUACAACAGCAACCCCACCUCGAGCCAGGAUGUCCGCGUUCAGACUUCUGCUGCCGGCCGUGGCCCCUCUCCGCUCGCCUUUGACCCCUUCGGCAUGCAGGCCCAGUCCGGCGAGGGCUCCGUCCAGAUGCCUCCCCGCGACAAGGACGUUACUGGUGGUGCUCAGGAUGCUCGUGCCAACAGCACCUCUUCGCCGUCCGGUACUCAGAACCCCGCGUUCAACCUCUUCGAUGCGCAGCAGGCGAACCGCACUUCCAACUCGUCGCCCGGAGGCUCUCCCCCCGUGCCCGGUCAGAAGGCCAACGGCUCUGGCGUCGCCCCCAUCGGCACUCGUCCCCAGAACCAGAACCUGCAGCAGCCAGGUGGUACCGCCCUGGGCAAGCGCGCAAACUCACCGCUGCCGUCGCCUCUCGGCUACAACUCGUACAACGCGAGCGAGCAGAACAACAUGACGACAUCUGCUUCUAUGAACCCUUCUUCUACUGUCACUGACAAGGGCGUUGGUAUUUGGAACAACGGACCCUGGAGCAACACCCCCACCCAGGGAGUCCAGGCGUCUGUUUGGGGUUAG